UUCUGUAGGCUGGAAGGCCUCGCCUUGUCGCAGCCGGGCCCCGGCCGCUGCCUAAGAAAUUCGGGGCCUGUCUGGAGCCCUUGGUCCAGCACCCACCCAGUCGCCAGGCUGGGGCAGGAGGUUUCAUUGACUCUAAGGGGAGGAAGGAGUCUGGGGGUUCCACGCGUGACAUCACAAUCGCCUUCAGAUGUGGGCGGAGCCGGAGAGGCAUUUCCCAGGAGACUGUCCUGCCUUGCUCCCUCCUUCUCCCUUCUUCCUUUCCUUUCUCCCUUUCCCCCACCCUUCCUCCCCCAUUCAGCUGCUUUGGUGCCCAACCUGGAACUCCGCCCCACCUGUGCCACAAGGUCAGGGGGAGUUCCUCAGCCCGCAGGACUGAGAAGAUUCUGUACAAAUGAGCAUCACCUGUGAAUUCAAGGACCCGGACAGGUGCUGCUGGAAACACAAACAGUGCACCGGGCACAUCAUCCACCCCUUCACCCCUGACUGUGGCCACUGUAGCCUGCACCUGCACUCUGUCAGCCACUGCGACUGUGAUUCUAGGGUGAAGGACUGCUCAGAGAAGGCAAACAGCAGCAGCUCCCGAGACGUAGGCCCAACCUGCUCCCGAGAUGUGGGCUCAACAUGUUUAAACAUUAUCCAGUCCCCUUGCUUUGAGCUCAUCCCAGAGGAAGAGUGUGUGCAGCGGUUCUGGUAUGGCUGGUGCAAAAGCUAUAGGCCUGUCUCUGUGGCAGUGAUCCACCAUCCCAUCCACCAUGACUGUGGGGCAGAUGAUCUGAAUGAAGAGGAGGAGGAGGAGGAGGAGGAGGAGGAGGAGGAGGGAAGCAAGCCUCCCAUCCCGACCCAGGUGGGGCCCGCCACCACACCCGCUGACACAGGCAUGGGUGCAGUCACAGGUACCCCGGACUCAGCAGCUCCCAUCACUAUCUGGCGCUCUGAGAGCCCCACAGGGAAGUCCCAGGGCAAUAAAGUGAUCAAGAAGGUAAAGAAGAAAAAAGAAAAAGAGAAAGACAAGGAGGAGGAGACAGAUGAGAAGGCAAAGCUGAAGAAAAAAGCCAAGAAGAGCAAACUGAUUAAGAAGAAAAGCCCAGUUAAAUCAGAAUCUCCACCUCCAGACUUGACCCGAUCAAUAAGCCCAAGAGAGUUGGCCCGGAUGUCAGAGUCCAGCCCAGACAGCCGGGAAGACCUGGAGAGUGAGGACAGUUACAAUGACCCCAGGCGGGAGGAACCCUCCAGCGAGGAUAUUGUGGAGUCUUCAUUGCCCAGGAAGAGAGAGAACACGGCCCAGGCUAAGAAACCCAGGGCGAAGGCCUCACCAGUCAAGAAGGUCAAGAGGAAAUCUCCCCCAGCAUCAAACCCCAAUCUCAGUUGAGGCCAGGGCAUCCAGGGUGAAGAAUAAAUGAGAUCAAGCCUGUAGGUGACCCCCUGCUGCUAUUCUCUCUCCCUCCAACCUGUCACUUCUGUGGGGAGGGUGCGGGUUCUGGACACAGCUGGAGCCGAGGGGUCAGGGGGCUGCAGGAGUUUCUGAAGGGUAAUCUAUCUUUCAGGAGGCAGUCCAUGGGAAGGCAGGAGGGACGGCAAGGGAGGGGCACAGCCUGCUUCUCUGUAACAUCCUAGGCUCAGGGCAAGAGAGGAGCACACCUGGGUGGGGUGGGAAGGAGGCGUCCCAUCUCCUGGGAGACUGGUCUGUGUGAAAUCCACCCGGGGACAGGCAGUACUGUCUGCAGUGAUAGCCCUAAUAAACUGAACCUUUUAACCCA